UCCACGGAGCCCGCCCACAGGUAAUUCAUUUCUCUGAGGUGGAAAGCUGAAUGCGCUCUUCUGCUGGUCACCUGCCGAGUGGGUCAAAUCAGUUCGGCCUAGCACGUAAUAUCCUAGCAUGGCGUCAACAGCUCUAAGAUCAGCGGUCAGGACGAAGGUUCCAUUCAGAGUCAGCCGCCUGUGCUACUCCUCCUCAGUACCCACCACCAAGCUGUUUAUUGAUGGGAAGUUUGUUGAAUCCAAGUCCUCGGAAUGGCUGGAUAUUCACAACCCUGCCACAAAUGAGGUGAUUGCCUGCGUGCCCAAAGCCACCCAGGAGGAGAUGCUGGCUGCUGUAGACUCAUGCUCCAGAUCCUUUCGCUCCUGGUCCGAGACUUCCAUCUUGGCUCGACAGCAGAUUUUUCUGCGCUACCAGCAGCUUAUCAAGGACAAUAUUAAAGAACUUGCCAAGUCCAUCACAGUGGAACAAGGGAAGACCCUUGCAGAUGCAGAGGGAGAUGUGUUCAGAGGAUUGCAGGUGGUGGAGCACACCUGCAGCAUCACCUCCCUGAUGCUUGGGGAAACCCUGCCCUCCAUCACCAAAGACAUGGACACUCACACCUAUCGCCUUCCCCUCGGGGUGUGUGCCGGCAUCACCCCCUUUAAUUUCCCCGCCAUGAUCCCCCUGUGGAUGUUCCCUAUGGGAAUGGUAUGUGGCAACACGUACCUGCUGAAGCCUUCGGAACGCGUGCCAACAUGUGCCAUGCUGCUGGCUAAGAUGCUGCAGGACGCCGGCGCUCCAGACGGAACUCUCAACAUCAUCCAUGGUCAACACGACGCUGUGAAUUUCAUCUGUGACCAUCCAGCCAUCAAGGCAAUCAGCUUUGUUGGCUCAAAUCAAGCAGGGGAAUAUAUUUAUGAGAGGGGCUCUAAAAAUGGCAAGAGGGUCCAGUCCAACAUGGGAGCCAAGAACCAUGGUGUGGUGAUGCCCGAUGCCAACAAGGAGAACACUCUGAACCAGCUUGUGGGUGCUGCAUUCGGGGCAGCUGGACAACGCUGCAUGGCUCUGUCCACAGCCAUACUGGUGGGCGAGGCGCGUAGCUGGCUGCCGGAGCUGGUGGAGCGUGCCAAGGCUCUGCGCGUGAAUGCAGGAGACCAGCCUGGUGCAGAUCUAGGCCCUCUGAUCUCUCCCCAAGCCAAGAAGAGAGUCUGCAGUUUGAUCCAAAGUGGUGUGGACGAGGGAGCAAAGCUGAUCCUGGAUGGCCGAAGUAUUAAGGUCAAGGGUUACGAGAAUGGCAACUUUGUGGGGCCUACCAUCCUCAGUAACGUCACACCUCAGAUGAAGUGCUACACUGAGGAGAUCUUUGGCCCUGUGCUGGUUGUUCUGGAGGCAGACUCUCUGGAUGAUGCAAUUAGUUUAGUCAACCAGAAUCCCUAUGGAAAUGGUACAGCAAUCUUCACCACAAAUGGUGCUACUGCACGCAAAUAUACUCAUGAGGUGGAUGUGGGCCAGGUGGGAGUCAAUGUUCCAAUCCCUGUACCGCUGCCAAUGUUCUCCUUCACUGGCUCGAGAGGAUCCUUCAGAGGGGACGUGAACUUCUACGGAAAGCAAGGCAUCCAGUUCUACACACAGAUCAAAACUGUCACCACACAGUGGAAAGCUGAAGAUGCCACCUUGAAAAGUCCUGCAGUUACCAUGCCCACUAUGGGACGCUAAAUACUCCAACCAGUCACUGCUGAUCACUCUUGUAAACCAGGAGUCGUCAAAUGCUCCACUAUCACAUGCAAAACUGUGAAUAGUUCAUAAAUACAAGUUAUAAAUAAAUUAUACCCAUAUUGGAAGACUUUAUAUUAGAUGUGUAUGUGUGGAUAUUGUGCGCAGGUCCACCACUAGGCCAAUACAAAAGAUCUGUACAGAUGAGCAACAUUACAGGAUCAAUGUAAUUUCCUAAAAUACAACACCGGC